CACCUCUCUCUCUCUCUCUCUCUCUGGCCGUCAGCGGACUCCUUUCUCUGCACACGUCUUCCUCUGAAAUGUGUGUGUGCGCGACAGAGAGAGGAGGAAUAAAGUGUGUGUGUGCGUGUGAGGGUGCAUGUCCGGAGCAAGUAAAGGCAGGGGGAUUAUUCGGCGCUAUCGAAAUAUUUCAACACGUCGCCCUCGCUGCAGGACUGAAGCCAAUAAGAAGGAACGCAUUUUAACAGGAAUGCCGAUAUUGUAAACAGCAGCAGCAGAGAAAAGAAUGCGCUGCAGUCAAUUAAGUGACUCACCCAAGUUGGUUUAAUUCGGCUAAUGUCCGCGAGCCAGCGAGACGCAGAAAGGUGUCCGAUGCGCGUCAACCUCGGAAGAAAAUCGGUCUCGCAGCACUUUUGAAGAAUAAUGGAGAACAUUUUUGCAUUUCUUUGAUCAGCUGUAGAGAUUUCCCGGCAACUUGUGAAAAAUAAGUGGAUGCUUAUUUCUGCAGAGCUGAAGGAGGAAUUUCCAAAAGCUUUCCAACUUCAGAUUUUUAUUUUUUAUUUUAUCUUCAUUUGCUCCUCUUUUACGCAGGCUUCACUGUCGCUAGAAAUAUUGUUUCACAUCCAAACAGUCGUCUGCAGUUGUUGCCUGCACUUGGAUGAACUUCCUGAUGAGAGAUCCAGUCAUACAGGGAUCAAGUAUGGCAUAUCAUCCGUUUAUACCUCACCGGGGUCCGGAAUUUGCCAUGAGUGCAAUGCUGGGUCACCAGCCUCCUUUUUUCCCGGCUCUGGCGCUCCCUCACAGCGGCUCCCUGUCUCUGCCGGGCGCCCUGGGGAAGCCGAUCAUGGACCAGCUGAUGGGAGCCGCGGAGACCGGCCUGCACUUCACUUCGCUGGGGCACCAGGCUGCGGCCGCCCACCUCAGGCCUCUGAAGACUCUGGAGCCUGAGGAGGAGGUGGAAGACGACCCGAAAGUUCACCUGGAAGCCAAGGAGCUCUGGGAACUCUUCCACAAGAGAGGCACUGAGAUGGUGAUCACAAAGUCCGGAAGGCGGAUGUUCCCCCCGUUCAAAGUGAGGUGCACCGGUCUGGACAAAAAGGCCAAAUAUAUUCUCUUGAUGGAUAUUGUUGCAGCCGACGACUGUAGAUAUAAAUUUCAUAACUCCCGAUGGAUGGUGGCAGGGAAGGCCGACCCCGAAAUGCCAAAGAGGAUGUACAUUCACCCGGACAGUCCGGCUACUGGCGAACAGUGGAUGUCAAAAGUCGUCAAUUUUCACAAACUAAAGCUGACAAACAACAUCUCCGACAAGCAUGGAUUUGUAAGUUCAACUAAUACUAUACUUAACUCGAUGCACAAAUAUCAGCCUCGCUUUCACAUUGUGAGGGCCAACGAUAUUCUCAAACUCCCGUACAGUACCUUCAGGACUUACGUUUUCCCUGAAACGGAUUUCAUUGCCGUGACUGCUUAUCAAAAUGACAAGAUAACCCAGCUGAAAAUUGACCAUAAUCCAUUUGCCAAAGGAUUCCGUGACACGGGCAAUGGGAGACGGGAAAAGAGGAAACAGCUGGCUCUGCAAUCCAUGCGUUCAUACGAGGAGCAGCAGAAAAAGGAGAACGGGGCUUCAGACGACUCCUCUGGAGAGCAGGCUCCCUUUAAGUGCUUCGGCCAGGCCUCGUCCCCUGCCGUGUCUACCGCGGGCCCCCCACACCUGAAAGAUUUCUGCGACAGCGAUGAGGACAGCGAUGAUGAGAGCAAAGAUGGACACAUCAAAGACGGUCCGGACUCCAGCAAGAUUUCCACGACCACAAAGGACGGGAAGGAUCACGAGGGGAGCCCAGCUAAGGGGCAUCCCUUUAGCAACACUGACUCUAGCAGCAGGACGCGCGACAGCGGCCCCAGGACAGAGAAAAGCCAGGCGGACUCACGGCAGAGCCCCAUCACCGUCAUCUCCAGCACCACCCGCUCCGGAGAAGACCUCAAGAGUCCGAGCCUGGACCAGCCCAAAACGGACGAGUGCAGGUCAAUAAGCAAGGACAGUUUCAUGCCUUUGACUGUUCAGACUGACAGCCCGCACAUAGGCCACGGUCAUUUGCAUAAUUUUGGAUUUCCAACAGGCCUAACAGGACAACAGUUUUUCAAUCACCUCGGGAGCGCGCAUCCGUUUUUGUUGCACCCGAGUCAGUUCAACAUGGGAGGCGCGUUCUCAAACAUGGCGGCGGGCAUGGGGCCACUAUUGGCAGCUGUCUCAUCGGGAGGGGUGAGCACCAUGGACACAACUACCAUGGCAUCACCUUCGCAAAGCUUGACGGGAGCGCCGGGCCUGCCCUUUCAUCUGCAGCAACAUGUCUUGGCAUCACAGGGCCUCGCAAUGUCUCCGUUUGGCAGUCUGUUCCCCUACCCGUACACGUACAUGGCAGCAGCGGCUGCAGCCUCCUCGGCCGCCUCCUCCGCGGUGCACCGGCACCCCUUCCUGAACGCGGUGCGCCCCCGACUCAGGUACAGCCCUUACUCCCUCCCCAUGACGGUACCGGACAGCACCCUGCUCACCACCGGCGCCAUGCCCUCCGCCAUGACCGGCAGCGGAGGCGAGCUGAAAGGAGACGGCAUCGUUCCGGCCAGCCCGGUGUCUGGCGUCACCCUGGAUUCCACAUCGGAGGUGACCAGCCACUCGUCCACCAUAUCCUCCGGCUCCGUUUCCAUGUCGCCAAAAACUUGUACAGAGAAGGACGCAGCCAACGAGCUGCAGAGCAUCCAGCGCUUGGUCAGCGGACUGGAAUCUAAUCAGGACAGGCCACGGAGCGGCUCCCCAUAGUGUGUGUGCGCUUUUUUUUUUUAAACACACCACCUGCUUCUCGUUUCGUUGUUGUCAUGAAAAGUGUUGACGGUGAUGAAGACAUUAACAGUAGGAGGACAUCCUCGUAGAUUCAUGCAGGUUUUAAAAAAAGAGGGGGGAAAAACUAAAAAAAAAAAAAAACUUAAAAAAAACUAAAAAAAAAACACAAACUUUUUAGUUUCUGAAAUGCACUUUGGUUAAUACACAUCUGAUAUGUAUAUUUUUCUUCUGUUUUUGUUAAAUUAAACAACACUUUUAUCCUGUCAUUUGAAUACCGUACAAGUAUUGAAACUGAAAAGUUGGCAUGGGUGUGACUUACAGAUUUAGGAGAAGUUGCUGCUGUGUCCUGUCUCCUAGAACUUUAUUGUACACGAGGAGAAAUGUGUUUUUAAUAUGCACUCUGAAUUGAUUGGACUUAUUUGAAUUCACUACCGUUUAACCUACCUUAUAAAGACUGCUGUAUUUUGUUAUUAAUUGGCCAAAAUGUUGCAUGCCCCCUUAAAAACCCCAACGAAUGUUAUUUUAUCACAUAAAAUGAAACGAAAAAUAUAAAAAUAUUCUGUUUUUUAGUAUAAUUAACAAAAAAACUUUUUGUUUGAGUUUCCUCUUAAUUAGGUUAUCAAUAUUUUUUCCAUGCCUUUUUUUUUAAAUCAGAACAGGCCUAUUGAUAUGACUGGUGCUCCGGGACAAAUGUGGCCCAAGCAUGCGUAAUUUAGCCCAAAUGUCCAACAGGCAAAGGGAAGCAGGCAUUUAAAUAUUAAAAAAUGAAAGGUAGUAUUGAUUUAAGGUGUACAUAGGGAUAUAUAAAAUAUUUAUGUAAUUAUUUCAUAUUGUUAUUGCGUGUAAAUACAACGGAGUAGUUUGUUUCUAGGGAUCUGUUCUUAAUUUAUUGUCGAUAUACCUGUGUAAAGAUAGUUUGUGGGCUAUUAUCCUUUUUGUUGCCAUCUGCAUUUAUACCCCUCUUAAAAAUAUGGACUUUAUUCCUCCCCGAAUAUCCACUGAGCUAGUUAUUCACACUCAUGUGCCAUUGUAUUUUUCAUUUGUUGUCCCCGUGUGUGAAGUGCUACUGUUUUUUAAAACGAAUGAGAAAGCGAGACAACGCACUGCACCAAUGGCUUGGAGAAUUAAAAAAAAUCUAUAUAUAUACUUGUCUUGAUAAGAGCAAAAAGAAGUGUCGUUGAAGUGUGACAAAAGUGGACUAUUUUUUUCUGUUCAUAAAAUACGUUGCGAACUGAUCGUACAAAGUGCCGCAUAAUCGAAAAUAUGAAGGUUUCUUUUGUGUUUCUUAAGUUGUCAAUGGGUUCUGUUGUAUUGGAGUUAUGUCUAGUUUACAACAUCGACAUCGUGUUCUUGAAAGUUUCAAUAAAAUAUUGAAAUGUC